AUGAGUUUCCAAGGCCCUCUACCCGAUCGCGGUGAGUUUUCAAUCCAUAAUAUUCAAUUUGGUGUUAUCUCAACCCCGCAUGGUCAGCCUCGUCGUGCCACUACGGUUGGAGAUUUCGUCCUGGAUUUACAACGAUUCGCUCAACACGGCUACUUGAAGCAGGUCGCAAUCUCCGGAACCGAGGUCGACUUGGCUUCAGUGUUUUCCAAGGUAGAGCUUAAGUGA